UGAAGGAGCAUACAGAUGCUGUCGUUAGUCGUGAUUAAAUAGGUCGGUGAACCAAUAUUGUGUGUUACGAUAUAUCGUAAAGAAAAUGAUCAAAGAAGUGAUUAUUUUACUGGUGGGCUUUAUAGCCUUGGGCUAUGCAAUUCCAGUAGAAGAAGAAGCACCUGUGGUUGGAAGCGCUGUAGUUCCAGUUGCUGAUGAUCUUGAAAGUGACGAUUUAGCACCAGCUGCCAGUGCUUGGGGUGGCGGUGGAUGGGGAAGGAGAUAUGGCGGAUGGGGUCAUAGAGGCGGUUAUGGUGGUGGAUGGGGUGGCGGUUACGGAGGCGGAUGGAGACAUAGAGGAUAUGGUGGUGGCUGGGGCGGAGGCCACGGAGGUGGAUAUUGGGGAUAAAUAAAAAAUAAUGGCCAUUUACUUAGAUUAGUAGUAUUACUGUUUUAUUUUUAUUUUUAAAUGUCAUUUUGUUUGGUCAGUAUUUGAAAAUUAUGUGAUUUUUUUUGGAUGAAUAAUAAUACAUAUUGAAAAUAAAAGAGUUUUUGUCAAAACAUUAUUACCUGUGGUUUAUGUUUUACUUGAGUUGUGUCAUAGAUGUUGUGUAUCUCCAGAUAAGCCUCAGUUUUCU